AUGCAGUCCUCCGACCCUGAGCACUUUUUUGAGACCGAUGCCGCACAGGAAAAGAGGCAGCGGCGGGCUGCCAAAGCUGGCAACAAAUAUGGGAACCCCAUUUCCCUGAAGUCGAAGCUCCUCGCUGCCUUGCCCGAUCCCAGAUCCCCGGCGGCGGCCGUCCUAGUCGCCGAGGCGGCUGGGGCUGUGCGGCUUGUCAGGCUGGAUGAUCCCGAUGACACCAAAACGGCUUACCGCGGCCCAACCACACCGGUCUGCUGCCUCGCCGUCGGCGGCCCCAACUCGGGCACGCUCUUCGCCGGAUGCUGGGACAAGACGAUCUGGUCGUGGGACCUCGCCUCGAGGGCGCCCGGCCGGAGGUACGUCGGCGGCCACACAGACUUUGUCAAGGCCGUCGUUUGCGCUAGGGCAGGGGGCAAGGACCUCCUGAUCAGCGGCGGCGCCGACAAGAAGAUCGUGGUCUGGGACCUUGUCUCGGGCGCCCGGCUGCACACGCUGCAGGACAGCGUGGUCAACAUGCUCAGCGUGCAGGACCUGGCCGUCGACCACGCGUCCUCCACCCCGGACGAGGUCAGCCUCAUCAGCGCCAGCAGCGACCCGCACAUCCGUCGGUGGAAAAUCCGGCUGGACGGCUGGGAGCAGGUCGUCGAGGCGCCUCCGGACGCGCCGGGCACGGACCGCCGGACCAUCCUGGAGCACGAGACGACGGUCUACAAGCUCGUGCUCGACCUCGACGGCGACGAGGCUGACCUCUGGACCUCGAGCGGCGACGGCACGGCCAAGUGCCUGUCGAGGCUGCGGAAUUUUGCCUGCGAGGACACCUUCCAUCACGGAGACCACGUGCGCGCCGUGGCUGUCACAGACCAGUGGGUGAUUACGGCGGGGAGAGACGAGGACAUCAAGUUUUGGGACCGAGCUUCGGGGAAGCUCUACUGUUCCCUGCAGGGACACUACGACGAGGUCACCGAGCUGGUCCUCCUCAGGGGCCCGAGCGGGUCGGGCGAGAGGGUCUGCAGCGUGAGCAUCGACGGCACGGUCCGGACCUGGCCGCUGGAGAAGGCCGGCCUGGAUGCGGCCGUCAGGGAGCAGGAGAAGCCCGUCAAGGAGGCGGGAGAGGAGGCCGGUGCCAAUGGCUUGCUAAGCGCCGAGGAGGAAGCCGAGCUCGCGGCUCUCAUGGAGGAUGAUGAAUAA